AUGGCCAAGCUGCAGGCUGCCACUGUUUCUCAAAUCCCCGUCAAUCGCAAACGCAAACGCACUUCCAAAAAUCAGGAACCACAGCCAACUGAUUCUGCCGUCGUUCCCAUUGUCGGGGCUACGACGGUCCCCACAAAGACCCAUGAUGGAGGUCCUAAGCCUAGAAGAACGAAGGGCACGGCAAAGCCCGCCCUAAGCCGAAGAAGUUCGUCCUCAAGUUUGAUUGAGUCGGACAUACCGUGGCCGGAUCACUUCAAGUAUCUAUCUCAACUGCACCGCGCUUUGAAUAUCGUAUACACAUUUUGCUGCACCCGAAAGCAUUUUGCCACCACAUGGGACAAUAUCAAGAGUGCGGUGGAAGGCCACAUCAAGAAGCCGUUGAUCGAGGAUGACGUGGCGCAGGUCAAGACCUUAUUGCCCCGGGCGAUCAACUUUGCGUAUGUCGACGAAGAGCACCUCAUGGUCACACUCAUGGGCGAGGAGGAUGGGGUCAAAGGCGGCAGAGCCGAUCAUUUUCGGUCCCUGGAAGAGGAUGAGAGUGCUCCAAGAAACAAAUCCGAGCCAUCCAAAGAGCUUCUCUUGUUCGAGUUUGUGGAUGGCGACCUGAAAAGACAGGUUGUCGAUCCCAAGACAGGGCAGCCCACAAAAGCCACCCAAAAGUUACGCAACGAAGAUCUCAAAAUACCUGUCUUCAGUCAGAAAUCGAUGCUCAAUCUCAUUGAAAAGCGCAAUGCCAAGUGCACAUCUGCCAUCAAUGCCUUUCUCAAUCAAUGUGCCGACGAGCAAGUAGACCCGGUCGAAAAGAUGAUGGACUUAAAACAGCAGUAUAUGCCCUACCCUUCCACUAGUCGUCCCACAACACCCGGCCCAGAUGAUCGUCUGCGGAAAGCGAUCCCGAAGGAGCGUAAAUCAAUAUCGGACAUUGUCAAAGAGAUAAGUGAGCUCGAGUGGUAUUCUGGUCAAAUUGUUCCAGAUGGACAUCGUGUGUUCGAUCCCCAGCCCGCCAUAUAUGGUGACCUAAAUUUUCAGUUGUCCCAAAACCUGGUGAAUGCCCUGUAUAACAGCAGAGGUAUAACUCAGCUGUACUCGCACCAAGCUGAAGCCAUCAACAACCUGCACGAGGGCCACAAUGUAAUCGUGUCCACGUCGACCAGCUCGGGAAAAUCGCUAAUCUAUCAAAUUCCUAUGCUCCACGAGCUCGAAAAGGAUCCGGAAAGUCGCGGGCUGUAUAUUUUUCCCACGAAAGCGCUUGCGCAAGACCAGCGCAGAAGCAUGAAAGAGCUCCUGAAGUACAUUCCAGGCUUGGAGAACACGAUUGUGGAGACAUUUGACGGCGAUACACCCAUGCGGGAGCGCAACCAGAUUCGAGAUGAAGGCCGUAUUAUCUUCACCAACCCGGACAUGUUACACAUUACUAUUCUCCCCCAAGAGAGUGGAUGGCGAGAGUUCCUUCGGAACCUGAAAUACGUGGUCGUGGACGAGUUACACGUAUACAACGGGUUAUUUGGUGCUCAUGUGGCAUUCAUCAUGCGCAGAUUGCGGCGAAUAUGUGCCGCGGUGGGAAACCGCAAGGUGAAGUUCAUUUCGUGUUCUGCGACAGUGGCCAAUCCGGAAGAGCAUAUGAAGACGAUAUUCGGCGUCGACAAAGUUAGGUUGACGGAUUUUGAUGGUUCUCCGUCUGGCAGGAAGGAGUUUAUCUGUUGGAACACACCAUACAAGGAUCCGGGCGACCCGUCAUCAGGCCGUGGUGAUGCAUUUGCAGAGACGGCGAGGUUGAUCUGCAACCUCAUCCUACGGGGUGUUCGAACGAUUGCGUUUUGCCGCGUACGGAAGCAAUGCGAGGUCCUGCUUGCGGCCGUCAAGGCCGAGUUUAUCAACCUCGAGAGACCCGAGUGUGCCGCUUUGGUUAUGGGCUAUCGUGGAGGAUACUCUGCUCAAGACCGGCGGCGAAUAGAGUCGGAGAUGUUUGGUGGCAAGCUCAUGGGAAUCAUUGCUACCACUGCUCUGGAGCUGGGAGUCGACAUCGGAUCCCUCGAUGCUGUUGUUACGAUGGGUUUCCCCUACACUAUUGCCAACCUGAGACAGCAGAGUGGCCGCGCCGGUCGACGGAAUAGAGACUCACUCUCUGUUCUUGUUGGUGACUGUUUUGCCGUGGACCAACACUACAUGCAGAACCCCGAUGAGAUCUUCACCAAGCCGAAUUGUGAACUCCAGGUGGACCUGCAGAACGAAUUGGUGGUGGAAGGGCAUAUACAGUGCGCCGCCUUUGAAAUGCCCAUCAAGGCGGAUGAAGAUGAGAAGUUCCUGGGCAAGAUGUUGCCUGAGAUAUGCACGGAACGGUUGUCGUAUGACCCAAUGGGGUUCUAUCACUGCAAUGAGAGGUUUCGACCGCUGCCCUCUCGAUGUGUCCCCAUCAGAGAUACCGAGGAUAAUCACUUUGCCGUCGUCGAUAUCACACAUGGCCGCAAUGUGGUUCUUGAAGAAGUCGAGGCUUCCCGAGCCUUCUUUACUUUGUAUGAUGGAGGCAUAUUCCUGCAUCAGGGACGGACGUACAUGGUGAAAGAGUUCUCCCCCGAACGCAAAAUCGCCCGAGUCCAACUCGUCAAGGUGGACUGGACUACGCAGCAAAGAGACUACACAGACGUGGAUCCGAUCGAAACUGAGCAGGUCCGUCGAGUAUCAGCCAACUCCCUCACCAAAGCAUAUUUCGGCCGUAUCAAAGUGCACGCUGUGGUGUUUGGAUUUUUCAAAGUCGACCAGAAGGGCCGGAUUCUCGACGCCGUCGCCGUCGAUAAUCCACCAAUUAUCAUCUAUUCCAAAGGGCUCUGGUUGGAUGUCCCGAAAUACGCGCUGCAGAUCCUGAAGGAUAAACGUUUGAAUCUUGCGGCAGGUAUCCAUGCAGCAGAGCAUGCAUUGAUGUCUCUUAUGCCACAGUUUGUAGUCAGCAUGCCCGGCGACGUGCGAACAGAGUGCAAGAACGCGCUGAAAGAGUUUGCAAAGAAGGAGACUCAGCGGAAGAGGCCUGCGAGGUUGACCUUUUACGAUGCCAAGGGCGGACCCGCGGGCUCCGGAAUAGCGGCCAAGGCAUUCGAAUUCAUCGAUAUCCUGCUCGAACGCGCCGUUUCACGGGUUGCGGCGUGUCACUGUCUCGAGGGCUGUACGGAAUGUAUUUGCGACGAGCGGUGCAAGGAGAAGAACAUGGUGAUGAGCAAAGCGGGCGCAGAAGUGAUUCUGAAGUCCCUGCUCGGCAUGGAAAUCGAUGUUGACGCCCUGCCCGAGGGCGACGAGGAGCGUGUUCCUGCGGGCGUGGAGACGGUGGUGUUCGCCACUGAAGUGAUGGGCCGGGACGGAAGGAGGGUGUUCGAGAAGGACUUUAUCAAGCAAGAAAAGAGCGAUGAGGACGCUAUUGUCAUCAAGGAUGAGCCCGAGGACUGA